UUAUUAAUACAUUUUCAUGGGGGAAAAACGAGGUUUUGACAAGGACACUUUCGCAUUCUCUGACUUCUGCUAGGGGUGUCACAUAAUGGCAUUCCAUAUUCGGUGUAUCAGCCAGAGAAUACGAGCGUGCAGAUCUGCUGUAGAUUUCUUGCAAACACCUGCUUUUACCCACAUAGACAAAAGAGUACAGAGUGCCACUACAGUAACCUGUGUUAAUCCCAGGGUAUCAAUCAAUGAUUUAGAUGAAAUCCUUCAAGAAUGUAACAAGAAAAAACCAUCGGUCAAUGGAAGCAUCUCAGGAAUUUUUGACAAUUCAUUUGAUUUCGAGACAGUUUUAAGACGUGAACUAGUUAAAGAGGGCCAUGAGAAGAUUAAUGAUAGAAAGUGCAAUGCACUUAAAAGAACAUCUUUAUCUCACAGCAACCAUUAUAAACACAAAGUGUCACAAAAAGAUGAUAAGUUUGGACUUGUGCCACGUUUGACCUUUAAAAGUGAUUUUAAAUUUAGCUCAUCGUCUAAUGCAGUGGACAUUUUUUUAAGCAAUGGAGCAAGUUCAGGAGGAACCCCAACAGAUUCAGAGUUUGAGAAGAAAAGAGCGAAAAGAGAGGAAAAUCUACUGAAAAUGAGGGCUUUUCUUGAGCAGUCUCUUCCACCACUAUUUGAAAUAGGUAUAUCCUUUGAUGCCUAUUCACCCAACAUUGUACUGGAGAAUAAUUACUGGGGAAAAAAAGAAAUUACACUUGGACUACAGCGCUACAAAGCUAAAGUCUGGACUCUACAGACCUUGACAGGCAUACGCUUUAUUCACACAAGGCUGUGUUUGCUAAAUACCUCAUGUGACUUGGAUGAAAACUUUGUGCGAGUGCGAUGGAGGAUUUUAGGACUGAAGCAGUUAGCAGCGAUGAAACGCCUUAAUGUAUAUGGAAAAUUCUGGAAGAUUUCGAAAAUGCCUGACAGAGUUUUGGAAAAAGAUGCAGUAUGGUAUGAUGGAAUUUCUCUAUAUUACCUCAAUGAUGAAGGUUUAGUCAAUAAGCAUGUUAUCAACAGGGUAGAGGAGGAAAGUAGUAAGAGAGUUUCCCCAGCUGUGUCGUUACGCGAGAGACUCACCAGAAAAGUGGGCGUACUUCCUACAAAACAAAUGUAGGGCUCAGUCUUCAAGAAAUCUAGGAGAUUAAAACCGUUGGUGCAGAUAUGAAAAUCUAACAGAGAACUGUGACAAAGUAAUUUAGCAAGAUUGGUGCAAGUGGAGAUUUUAAAUUUCACAUGUAUUGAAAACUAAAUUUUUGCAAAUUUAUUUUAUAUGCAAUAGUUUCUAAGUGUAACUUUAAAAAAGAAAUAUAUUCUUAGCAUCAAAAUGGAAACUGGAUUAGGUAUCUAAUAUUAAAAUGUAUUCAAGUUUUCUUCUCAUUCAUUAUAUAAGGGAAAACUUUUGCAUUCAAAUGAUAUGUUUUAAAAUAAUUAUCUCCCAUUGGAAUUUGUUAUAUAAAAUCUUAGAAAAGAUGAUGAAGUAAUAUACAGUAUUGUGCUUUUCUUUGUAUGAAGCUUGAAAAAUAUUGUCUGUCAUUUUUUUUUCUGAUUUUAAAUUCAUGCUGAGUAUCUUGAGACUUUAUUUUCAAAUUUGUGAUAUUCAUGUAUAAAUAUAUACUAGUAUUUAUGAUACAUGGAAUGGAAAAUUAGAAUGGACGAUUAUACAUGAACAUGGAGGUAUUUUACAAGUGCUAAUAUUUUGUAUAACCACAAAUCCAGUGUGUGUCACUAUUUCUCUCAGUUUUUGCUCUGCUGUUAAUGUUAAUAUAUUGUAUAUCACAAAAUGGAGAUGUUAAUCCCCAAUAAACAAGUUUAUAAACAUUUC